AUGGCUUCAACUCAGUACACCAACAACCUCCUCAGAUGCGUAACUCGCAAAGAGGUCUGCAAGUCAUUCGGUAUAAAGCUGUCGGCAAGCCCUCAGAUCGUUCAGACAGCUCGACAUGCCGGUUUCGACUCUCUCUUUGUCGAUCUCGAACAUGCCUGGUUGACGCUUGCUGAGGCAAGCAAUCUUUGCAAUGUCGGUCAUCUCGCAGGCAUUACUCCAUUCGUCAGAGUCCCUCAUCAGUGUGGCAAUGGUUUCGUUCAACGGGUGCUUGACGGAGGUGCCAUGGGUGUGAUAUUUCCUCACAUUGAAAGCGCAGAUGAAGCAAAGGCAGCCGUGAAAAUCUCCAAGUACCCUCCUCAUGGAUGCCGCUCUAUGACAGGCGCCAUGCCUCUAUUCAACAUGCGACCAACGCCCCUAAACGAAGCAAUCGAGUUUGGCAACAACUCGGGAUCAACAGUAUUCGCAAUGAUUGAGAGCAAAAACGCUGUCAACAAUUCGGAAGAAAUCGCAGCAGUCGAGGGCGUCGAUGUUCUUCUGGUCGGAUCAUUUGACAUGAGUAUUGACCUGGGAGUUGGCGGCAACUGGGACAGCAAGGAGUACAGAACUUCAGUGGAAAAGGUCAGCCAAGUAUGCCGCAAGCACAACAAGAUCUUUGGAGUUGCAGGUGUCUACGAUAACCCCACACUUCACGAGUGGUUCAUUAACACUCUGGGUGCUCGGUUCAUGCUUGUUCAGCAAGAUCUGUCUUUGAUAGCCGGCGGAGGGCAGAGAGCUGUUAGAGCCAUACCGCCACGAGGACUGCCAUGUUCAAUCAGUCCACUUGGUCCGCGGCGGAUAUACUCGGUGACCAAGAUUGCGGAACUCGAAAGCCGGCUUGCAAGAUAUGAAAGUGAGGGUGCAGAGCCGCUCUCAAACAAUGGGACGAGACCUAGGUCAGAGUCUUCGGGUCUGCUCAAUCCUGGAUCACCAACACCGGGACUCAGCCUAGGGAGCCCUGUCUUGGACUCAGACAUGCCAAUGGCUCAUGGUCAAUCAACCACCCCGAGGAGCAGCACGUCACGGGUCCCCAAUGGUUCAAAUGAACGACAGGGCAUUCCAGAGACACCGACUCAAACACUAAAUUUAGAGUCCAGAUCCCAAUACCAUGUCCCAACCAUCGCUGCCGAGUCGGCCUUGAGUUCUAGUAACGAAUUCGGCAGAAAGGUUCAUGAAGUACUGACUAAUUCUGGCCCAUCGAGUGCCCGAACAAUCCCCAUAUCCCCAAAUCCUGUACAGCCUACGAUGAAUCAUCCUUCACCUUUCAGAGCUUCUACCCAAGCUAUUCCACAACUACCUAGUGAAGAAGAAGCCUUUCGACUCCUCGAGACUGUCGGCUUUUAUAUCGGACAGACGCAGUGUCAUUAUGACCUUCGGGGUCUGACGGAUCGCAUUGGGUGGCUGUACGAGAACAUGGAUGAUCCUCAGACUCAUGAACUAUGGUAUAUGCAGGUUCUUCUUGUUCUAGCAAUUGGGCAAAUCUUCCGGGCUGGUAAUGGUGAGGGGGGAGAAGUUUUACCAGGAACUGCGUUCUUUGAAUUUGUGGAGACGCAUUUACCUACAGCAAGCGCCCAGUAUAGGCUUGGGAGGCUCGCAGUUGAGGUCAAUGCCCUCAUGGCCAUGUACCUUCAAAUGGCAAACCGCAAGGAGGAGGCCUAUCUUUAUAUAAACACUGCUCUUCGACUGGCCAUUUUACACGGGUAUCAUCAGAAGGAUUCUGAACGAAACAUUCUGAGACGCCUAGCCGCAGCAAAUGGAAAGCCGUCAGGGAUCAUUGACAGCGCCAUAAGCAUGCCCCUACCUUCUGAAGCCCCGGGAUUUCCAACUGGUGCUGCCAUUCGCACAAACAUCAAGAUUGCUCAGGUGACUGGGCAGGUGAUAACAAUCUUGUAUGGCACCAAGUUCAAGAAGGAACAAGAUUUUGUCUCCCACGCUCAGCAGAUCAUCAAGAGCUUGGCCGAUAUUGCAAAAGAGAUCCCAUCAGAACAAUCCCUGAGUCUUUGCGGGAACUCGGAACUCGCACUUAGGACAUCUGCAUCAUUACAUCUCAUGCUCUAUCAGGCCACACUGUUAACUAUCCGCCCUCUCAUGCUUCACGCCGCACAACUGAUCUUGAGCGGCCAACCCUGCAACGAGCUCGAGGGUGGCUCACUCGACACGCUUUCCAAGACAUGCUCAGAGGCUGCAAGGCGACUUCUCGAGGUUAUAAUUGCUCUAAAGAGAAAGGGAAUACUUCCAAUAUUCGGCUUCUUUGACUGCGACGCCAUCUUCUCAGCAGCUUUCAUCAUGCUUCUCACCAUGAUCUUUGAUUCAGCUUGUGAGCCAAGCCAGAGACUCAAUCCUACACCAGGCCUCAAAGACGCAAUGGAUAUGUUGCAUUACAUGGCUGAACAUGGCAAUACCUUUGCAAGGCAGAGGUUCCAAGAAGUCCAGAGCGUGCGAGAUCAUCUUUCAGCUACUCUGAACUCUCGCGAGGCCAACACACCCACAUCCACCAAUCAGACAACUACUGUAUCGAAUUCAGAGCACCGAGGAUCUGAAGCAAGCGCUGUUCACAGUGCUCACCCUCCGGCACAUGAAUACCCGCCCUGGUAUCCUCCAGUAUGGGACAUGUCAGAUCAAUGGCUUCACUCUGUCGAUUUAAAUGGCGAGCUUGAGGAUUUGCCCCUGGGAGACUCAUUCGACCAAUAUCAGUCACUGCUUAAUGAUCCAGACUGGAGCCUGACAGGACAAGAUGUGGGAGACUUUGCAGAACUACGAAGAUAUAUACAAAGAUUAAAUUCAUAG